GCGGGCCAGCCAGCCAUUAAUGCAAUUCUUCCCACCUUGCUCUAAAACUCGCUCAGCCUUCCAACCAUGAACCGUCACUAUUCACUGACUAGUUGCCACUAUUGCUAACCAAAAAAACAAAAAGCUUUAGCUACAAAUUGGUCAACUCUCUCUCUUCUCUCUCGAAUCCUUCACUUGCUUUUGCUUGGUUCACUUUGAUUCUUUGUUAGGUUGGUUUACAGAGAAAAAGAAGCGUUGAAGACGUUGGUCUGAUUUCCAGGAUUUGAAUUGAUGGGGAUAUGCUUGAGUGCCAGAAUUAAAGCUGAGAGCCCCAGUAACACAGGGCUGAGUUCUAAGUAUGUUAGUGGUGAUGGGAAAGAUAUGAGCAGUACAAGCAGCAAAGUCUCAUCAGUUUCCGUGCCUCUGACACCUCGGAGUGAGGGUGAGAUCUUGCUGUCUCCCAAUUUGAAAAGUUUCAGUUUUGCUGAUCUCAAAAUGGCCACCAGGAAUUUUCGUCCAGAUAGUGUGCUAGGGGAAGGUGGUUUUGGCUCAGUGUUUAAGGGGUGGAUUGAUGAAAAUUCUCUUACUGCUGCCAAGCCUGGAACUGGCAUAGUUAUUGCAGUGAAAAGGCUUAACCAAGAUGGGUUCCAAGGUCACAAGGAGUGGUUGGCAGAGGUGAAUUAUCUGGGACAGCUUUAUCAUCCCCAUCUUGUGAAAUUGAUUGGAUAUUGCUUGGAGGAUGAACAUCGUCUGUUGGUGUAUGAAUUCAUGCCUCGUGGCAGCUUGGAGAAUCAUUUGUUCAGGAGAGGUUCGUAUUUCCAGCCUCUUUCCUGGAGCCUUCGCUUGAAGGUUGCUCUUGGCGCUGCAAAGGGGCUUGCCUUUCUUCACAGUGCUGAAACAAAAGUGAUAUAUCGUGACUUCAAGACUUCCAACGUCUUGCUUGAUUCAAACUACAAUGCAAAGCUUUCUGAUUUUGGGUUGGCCAAAGAUGGGCCUACAGGUGAUAAGAGCCAUGUUUCUACCAGGGUUAUGGGGACCUAUGGAUAUGCGGCUCCAGAGUAUCUAGCCACAGGUCAUCUGACUGCCAGGAGUGAUGUCUAUAGUUUUGGAGUUGUGCUGCUAGAGAUGUUAUCUGGCCGCAGAGCAGUUGAUAAGAAUCGACCAUCUGGAGAACAUAAUCUGGUGGAAUGGGCCAAACCUUACCUGGCCAACAAACGUAAACUAUUCCGUGUCCUAGAUAACCGCCUUGAAGGCCAGUAUUUAAUGGAAGGAGCCCAUAAGGCUGCUACCCUUGCUUUGCGAUGCCUCUCCAUUGAUGCCAAGUUCAGACCAAGCAUGAAUGAGGUUGUAACAGCAUUGGAGCAGCUCCAAAAUUCCAAUGAAUCUGGAAGUAAUCAGAUCGAUACCAGCAGGACACCCCGGCUACGUAGGCGAAGUGCAAGUGAUGCUAUUGGUGGAAAGAGUACCGUGGCGUACCCUAGGCCAUCUGCUUCCCCUCUUUAUGCCUGAGAAUGAAAUCAAGGCACACAACAAAAGUAGCUGUCCUCCGAAGUAUAUUCAGGUAGUUGGUGACAAUAUCCAGAACUCAGGCAUAUACUUUUUAUGCUCUGUGACUGUACAGUUCUUGUUUUAGCUGAUGUCUAAAAAUCAAUCUACUCUUGACACAAUUGCAAGUUCAAACCAUAACAAGGGGAAUGUAUGCAAUGCUGUAUUUCGUUUGAGAUCACUAUAGUGUUUGUUAACACUUGAGAGACAAAUUGGAAAAAAGGGUGUAACUGGUUUUGUAUGACCACAAGUAGGUCUUUGCUUCCAGCCAGGUAUGGUGAAGUUUAUAAUCAUAUUAUUUUAUUUUUUUUCCUGAUGCA